UUCCUCCUUCGUCUUGGCUUGAAGGGAGGGCAAUACAGGAGGAGCCAAUCAGUGAUCGAGGGGCGGGCUAUAUGAACUGUCCAAUCAAGUGGGCCAAGGUAGGCGGUAUCUUCCGGUGUCAUGGCGUUAUUUGCAAAUCCUGAAGAAGAUACUGACAUCAGAGUGCUUGCUAGACCGUGUUUUGUGACUUCUAUUUGCUGUGGACUGCUUUGGAAAGAACCUGGGAGACCCUGAAGCCACGUAAUGGAGGCAGUGACCUUUGAGGAUGUGGCUGUGAACUUCACCAUGGACGAGUGGGCUUUGCUGAAUCCAUCCCAAAAGAAGCUCUACAGAGAUGUGAUGGGGGAAACCUUUAGGAACCUGACUGCUAUAGGAGGAGCUGAGGAUAACCAGGAAGUUGAAAAAGAAUACAUAAAUUACUGGAGAUAUCUAAGAAAUGAAGAGGUAGAGAAAUACUAUCAGUGUAAUGCUUGGAAUCAAUAUAAAGAAAUACUCUUUUGUACUCCAGAUGCUAAUGUGGACGUGAAACAAACAGACACACACAGUGAUGUUCAGAUCCAUGAAAAAAAUCACACUGGAGGGAAACCCCAUGUAUGUAAGCAAUGUGGGAAAGCUUUUACCACACGUGGAAAUUGUCAAAUACAUGAAAAACUUCACACUGGUGAGAAGCCGUAUGUAUGUAGGCAAUGUGGGAAAGCUUUCAGCACACGUGGUGCUUGUCAAAGACAUGAAAGGACUCACACAAGUGAGAAACCCUAUCUAUGUAAGCAAUGUGGGAAAGCUUUCAGGAGAAACAGUCAUUGUCGAACGCAUGAAAGAGUUCACACUGGGGAGAAACCCUUUUUAUGUAAGCAGUGUGGGAAAGCUUUCACCACACAUGCAUAUUGUCAGAUACAUGAGAGACUUCACACUGGUGAGAAACCCUACAUAUGUAAGCAAUGUGGGAAAGCUUUUGGCAGAAACAGUCAUUGUCAAAGACAUGAAAGAAUUCACACUGGGGAGAAACCUUAUCUAUGUAAGCAAUGUGGGAAAGCUUUCACCACGUAUGGAUCUUGUCAAAUACAUGAAAGACUUCACACUGGGGAGAAACCCUAUGUAUGCAAGCAAUGUGGGAAAGGUUUCACUACACCCAGAUCUUGUCAAAUACAUGAAAGAAUUCACACUGGGGAGAAACCCAAUGUAUGUAAGCAAUGCUGCAAAGCUUUCAGAACACGUAGAUGUUGCCAAAUACAUGAAAGAAUCCAUAGUGGGGAGAAGCCCUAUGUAUGCAAGCAAUGUGGGAAAGCUUUCAGCACAAACAGUCAGUGGCGAACACAUGAAAGACUUCACACUGGAGAGAGGCCUUAUAUAUGUAAGAAAUGUGGAAAAACUUUCAGCAGAAAUAGUCAUUGUCAAAGACAUGAAAGAAUUCACACGGGGGAGAAACCCUAUGUAUGUAAACAAUGUGGGAAAGCCUUCACCACACAUGAAUAUUGUCAAAUACAUGAAAGAAUUCACAUUGGGGAGAAACCCUAUGCAUGUAAACACUGUGGGAAAGCUUUCAGCACAUGCAGAUCUUGUCAAAUACAUGAAAGAAUUCACACUGGGGAGAAACUAUGAUGUAUGUAAAUAAUGUGGGAAAGCUUUUAGCAUAAUUAUUGAGGAACUCAUGAAAGAAUUUACACUGGGAGAAAACACUAUGUAAGCAAUUUGGAGAAGAUUUCAGCAUGUACUGGCUUUGUCAAAUGAAAGUUUUCACACUGGGGAGAAAUCCUAUAGAUGUAAGCAAUGUGGGAAAGUUUUUAGUAGAAACACUCAUCGUUGAAGACACAAAAGAAUUCACAUUGGAGAGAAACCCUAUCUAUGUACGUAAGCAAUGUGGGAAAUCUUUCACCACCCACAGAUCUUCUCAAAUACAUGCAAGAAUUCACACUGGGGAGAAACCUUCAUGUAUCUAAACAGUGUGGAAAAUCUUUUAGCACAAACAGUCAUUGGUUAACACAUGAAAGAAUUUCCACUGGGAAGAAACACUAUAUAUAUAAGCAAUAUGGGAAAGCUUUUAACAUUAACCAUCAGUCAAAAACAUGAAAGAGUACACACUAUGGAGAAAUUCUAUAUAUUUAAGUAGUAUGGGAAACCUUUAAGCAGAAAUAGCUAUUGUCAAAGACAUAAAAGAAUUCACCCCAGGGAAAAGUCCCAUGCAUGUCAACAAGGAAGGAAAACUUUCAGCGUGAACCAUCUUCGUUAAAUACAUGAAAUUGUUCACACUGGGGAGAAACCUGAUAUGUGUAAGCAGUGUGGAAAGGCUUUCAGCAGAAACAGUUAUUGUGGAAGACGUGAAAUAAUUCACACAGGAGAGAAACUUUAUGUAUGUAAACAGUGUGGGAAAGCUUUCAUGGCACAUAGGUGUUGUCAGAUACAUGAAAGACUUCACACUGGGAAGAAACUAUGUAUGUAAGCAAUGUGACAAAAGCUUUCUGCAGGUACAGUGAAUGUAAAAUACUUGAAAAACCUCACACUGGUGAUUUAUUCUAUGUAUAUAUAAGCAACAUGAGAAUACUUUGAGGACACAUGAUCACAUACAUUCUGUGGUUUUUCAGUAUGACCUAUACAUAUCUACAAUAUGUAGCUCUAGGGUUUAACAUGAAAAUGAUGGGUUGAUAUAAAUUUAAUUUUUGAGUGUCUUUGUGCUUAGUCCGUAGCGUCUUUUAAUUAAACUUGGUGAAUUGAGAAAUGUACUUUUUACUUUCAAGUGUGAUUAGUGUCUAGGUAGUUAAUGUUUUGUCUUUAAAAUUGGGGAGGUAAAGACCACUAAAAAACUUAAUUGUUAUUUUUUUUCUUAAUUGUUGCAAUUUUGCCACUGCAUUUGUUUCAGUUUUUUGGUGCAUCUUCUCUGUAACAAAUGAUGUUUCUGAAUAUGAUGCUACAUUUUAUAUUAAGAUAUAUAUUUUUUCAGAGGCUUGUGAGCAUGUGUUUUUGACAAAGUUGAGUUGUUUUUCACACAGCUUACAGAUUAGCAAAUGUUAUAUUUUUGAUGUGGUAACAAGAUACCUGCUUAUAUCCUAACAUCACUGUGUAUUAUGUCAUGCAUAUAAAACAUGUAUAUUAAAAGAUGUCCUGUUACUGCCUCAGCUUCAGUUUCAUGCAAAGCCCUAUUUUGUCAGUGAUACACCUGCAGCCCUGUCUUGCUCUGUGGUAGAACUGAGAAUUUGCAACUUAUACUGUCCUUUUGGUAGGUAAGGUGUGAUGGUUUGGCCAUGUAGACAUAAUACAGACAUGAUAAUCCUCUAUUCAAGGGGGAAGGCAUAAUUUAUAUGUGAAAAGUGUGGUUUAUUCACGGUGAAAAUAAACUGUCUAGGAUUAUUGUUA